CGCUGGAUGGCGCUGGUGGAAAUUUGGGAGAUCUCGUCCAGGUUCAGCUGAGCUCGGACAGGACGCGAGUCUGACUGCAUCUCUGCGCAGAUAGAAAGGCCAUCUGGGUAAAGAAAGGAUCUUCUGGUCAGGUGUUUCAGAGUUGAAGAGCUGGAGGUGUACAGCAGCGUCAAGGACAUCAUCUUGGUUGGAGCCCAUAUCAAAUCUACACAUACUCACACACACAUACAAACACACGCACACUGCAACAGGCACGCAGCUGGUUAUAACCAGGCCACUCGUUGCAUUUGACUCCGCUUUAUGGUCUCAGGUGCAAGGAGCUAUUUAGUCACGACACACAGACAUUAGUGAGAUUCAUUUGACCCUCCUGAGAGUAAACAUCACUCUUUUGUUUACACCUGUUACCGCACCUGAGAUUUUAUUGCUUCAUUACAUAUAAUAUUUAGUUUUUAAAUACUUGCCAAACAGCGCCCCUGACCCACAACCACCAACCCGACCCACAAUCCACUCUCUCAUGGGAGUAACAUAGAGGCCAAUUUAGGACAUACACACUCUGCUCUUACUCCCUAAAUCCAUAAACACGCACAAAGAGUCAUCUGCACCUUGUUCAGGAUGCCCUCCUCCUCCACCGUGAUUGGCUGGGGAAGGACGCGGCUCUCGUGGUGAUUGGAGGGGGGAGGGAGAGGGGCGGCGCUGGACCCAUGUCGUGGAAGCGGAACUACUUUGCGUCGGGCAGCAGCGGGCUGCGGGGGAUGUACACCCCUCGCACCAUGACCUCUAUCGCUCCCAGCAAAGGCCUGAGCAAUGAGCCGGGUCAGAACAGCUGCUUCCUGAACAGCGCACUACAGGUCCUUUGGCAUCUUGACAUCUUUCGCCGAAGCUUCCGGCAACUGAACACCCACAAGUGUAUGGAGGACUCAUGCAUCUUCUGUGCUCUCAAGAGCAUCUUCGCCCAGUUCCAGUACAGCAGUGAAAAGGUGCUCCCGUCCGACGCCCUGCGCAGCGCUCUCGCCAAAACCUUCCAGGACGAACAGCGUUUCCAGCUGGGCAUCAUGGACGACGCGGCCGAGUGUUUCGAGAACCUCCUGAUGAGGAUACACUUCCACAUCUCGGAUGAAACCAAGGAGGACAUUUGCACGGCCAAGCACUGCAUCCCACAUCAGAAAUUUGCCAUGACACUUUUCGAACAGUGUGUUUGUAAUACCUGUGGAGCCACGUCUGAUCCUCUCCCGUUCAUUCAGAUGGUGCACUACAUCUCCACCACCUCUCUGUGUUCCCUCUGCUGCAGUAACCAAGCCGUGCGAAUGCUGGAGUGUAAGGACAAGCCCACGCCAGACAUGUUUGGAGAGCUUCUACGAAAUGCCAGCACCAUGGGCGAUCUGCGAAACUGUCCCAGUAAUUGCGGCGAGAUGCUGCGGAUCAGACGGGUUCUGAUGAACUGCCCGGAGAUCAUCAGCAUCGGCCUGGUGUGGGACUCGGACCACUCUGAUCUGGCUGAAGACGUCAUCCACAGCCUGGGCACGUGCCUGCGGCUGGGUGAUUUGUUCUACCGUGUGACGGAUGAGCGGGCCAAGCAAUCAGAGCUCUACCUUGUGGGCAUGGUGUGCUACUACGGCAAGCAUUACUCCACCUUCUUCUUUCAGACCAAGAUACGCAAGUGGAUGUAUUUUGAUGACGCACAUGUGAAGGAGAUCGGACCUAAAUGGAAGGACGUGGUGUCGCAAUGUAUAAAGGGCCACUACCAGCCGCUUCUGCUGCUGUAUGCUGAUCCCAGAGGGACGCCUGUGUCAUCGCAGGACACGCUGACAACACAGCUAGAUCUGCACCACAGCAGCAAAGCUGGAUACGACAGCGAAGACUCCGGAAGGGAGCCGUCGAUUUCAAGUGAUACACGCACAGACUCUUCCACAGACAGCUACAGCUACAAGCACUCUCGAUCGCACCACGAGUCCAUGGCCUCCCAUUUCUCUUCUGACUCUCAGGGAACUGUGGUGUGUAAUCAGGACAGCAGCGGUUCCCAGAACAGCAUGGACACUGCAGGGGAGGUUCUUAAAGAUCAGGCCACUCCCCUUUGUACGCAGAGGCCUUCCUCUUCUGCCCAUUUGCAGGAUUACAAAGAGACUGUAAAUAUGAUUCACAGCAGACCCCUCUCAUCGUCCUCAAGCUCAGGGGUGGGUGGAUCAGAGGCUGGUGCUCAAGCUAGAGACUGGGAGGACGAGAGCACCAGUAGCGAGUCAAAAUCCAGCUCCAGUGGAGGCCGCUAUCGGCCAACCUGGAGACCCAGGAGAGAGGCCCUGAAUAUUGACAGCAUCUUGAGCCGGGAGAGGCAUCGGCCACCCGGCUAUGCCACGGCCGGACCCUCCCCGCUGCCGGAAGAUGUUGUAACACCCAAUAAAAAUGAACUGGUUUCAGGGGCUGCUGAAGAGGAUUCAAACGUAGCAGCAAUAGAAAGAAAUUUGACUGAUGGCUCAGGGGGCGUGUCAGAGUUGGGGGUGGAGCAUUUACACAUCCCACCUCCUUUAAGAGGCAUGGAGCAGCAGCCACGGCUGAUUCAAAGGAUGGAGAGUGGCUAUGAAAGCAGCGAGAGAAACAGCAACAGUCCUAUCAGCAUGGACAUGCCCCUCAGUGACAACCCAAACACCAAUGCACACAGGGACAAUGGCAGUAAGAAGCCCGUAACUUCGGGGCCCUCCUGGCGUACAGUGCCCAAGUCCAAAAGUAGCGGUGCCAUCCUGCAAGACCUCAAAUCCCCCAUCUGGAGCAGCACUCCAUUGAAUUUGGGAGAGGGCCGCAGUGAGCUGGAUGAGUUACAGGAAGAAGUUGCCCGCAGGGCACGACAGCAGGAGCUGCAGAAGAAGAAGGAAAAGGAGAGAGAAGCAGCCCAGGGCUUCAACCCCAGACCCAGCAAGUUCAUGGACUUGGAUGAACUUCAGCACCAGGGGAAGGGGGGCAGUUUUGAACACUGCCUGGCAGAGGCUGACUCUCUGUUAGAGCAGUCGCUGCGCCUGGAGCAGGCGGGGGACACCGCUACAGCCCUGGCGCUCUCCCAUCACGCUGUGUCUAAACUAAGAUUUUCCAUGCAUGAGGGCAGUGCUAACACUCAUAGCAGGACAAUGGCUGCUGACGCCAAGCUCCAAAAAUGCAUGAGGAGAGCGCGGGGCCUACAGCAGCGCAUGCAACAACAGCAAGAGAACCAGCCGGAGCCCAGCCGCCCACAGGGGCCCUCCAGUGAACAGCCUGGCAAGGUCCAAGUAUUGUUGACAGACAAUCAGGAUUCUGUGCUUGGCCCAUCCUCUCCUCAACACAUAAAAUCACCUCCCACCUGUACAAACUUCCCAUCUCAAGCCUCUAGCCGACCAUCGCUCAGCAACGCCCAACCUCCACCUUCUCAACCACACCCCCAAGAGCCCAAUGAAGAUAGUGAUUGGUCAACAAAGAAUGAAGAAAAAUGGAGUCGUAUGCAAUUGUUAGACGUUCUUCACGUGUCAGGUGUCCGGAUCCAGCCCAUUCGCAAGCACCUGGCCAUAUCUCUUCCCGUUUUGCCCCUUGACUUCUGGGGUGCGGUGGGAGAAAACCAAGUAGUCUCCAGCCAGCAGCAUCCUCAAGCUUUGUUUUCUCAAUCUCUAUCCCCAAAUUCUUCUUUGUGGCAGGGCACUGCAGAUGGUCCGGAUCGGAUACCCCAGUCCGACAAAGCCACCAGUCCGUCACCCGUGCCCCUUCAUGUUGAAGAGAAGGGGCAGAUGCCCCGAAGAGGCCCAAUAUGGCAGCCACUAUGCACCGCUUCCCAGACACGCUCACCUGCCCUGUCUAACUCCGCUUCUAAACCAACCCCUCCUGUUGCUGCUCGUCAUUGGUCUUCCUGGAGCCUGGAUCGUCCUGACGCUGUCGUUACCCCAUAUGAGACGCCACCUGACCAGAACCAACGGACCCUUUCUCAACACGUGCAAGGAAGGCAUUUUCCCCCUCACAGCCCCAUGAGCACCAGAAAGAAAAGUGUCCCUGUGCACUCCACUUUCCCAAAUGCCCCAGGCAAGGAGCUGGAACCCAAAGAGCUCGAAGACCAGGAACUCUCUGAAUUGGACUCACUCUACCAGGCCAGUCUUCAGGCUGGCCCCAGUCCUGGCCGAGCCCUGCGUGGUACCAGCUCACCUGCUGUUGGGAGACCAGUACCUCCAUCUGCAAGAAAGCUGCUCACUGGAGUAGGACGCUCUCGGACCCCCACGGCUGAGCUUGAGAGAACUGCUUACGGACCACCAGGUGGUUACAGCCCCACUGGGUACAUGAACACGCCCCUGUCUAUGGCUACUCAAGGUCUGCAGUCGGGAGAGGAAGACCAAUACGACGCGGAUCACCUGCGACGCAUUGCCCGCAGCCUGAGCGGAACCGUUAUUGGACGGCGACAGAACCGCCUUGCCGUCACCAGGAGUUUUGACAUCCCCAAAGGUUCUCCGAGUUUCUGGCUGUGUUUGACCGGCGUUAAGCUCUCUCCUGUGGGCAGCACUACAGUCCAGCAUUGAGUUCAUAUCCAAACCACUGGACCGACCUCCAAUGCUUAAUUGGCUUUGGACACAACUAGAAGACACGUGGUACUUCAGCCCUGGACGUUUUCCCAGAAUACCCUUUGUGCACACUCAAUCCCAUGCUCUUCACCGCAUCUUGGAGGGCUGGAAGGAGCAUGAGCCUGAUCCAGACCUGACGACAGCUUCAGUCACCCUGCAAUUUUUCUUCCGUUACCGUGCGCUUUUCCUAUCAUGCAAAACACUCAAUCCACCGCAUGUCGGAAAGAGAUACGAUAACCCAUUUUUCUUUUUUGGGAGGCGUGUACAACAAUGGGAUGGUGUGAGGCUUUUGGGUGUACACUAACCUACCUGUAUGGUCAGCCCUGCAGCAUGCAAUGUUAGAAGCGUGGGGCUCAGACUAAGACCCCCGCAGUGAUCCAAUCAACCCAGAGCACUUAACUCAAUUAAAUGCUUUUUAAUGGGAAACAUUCAUUUGUAUGCGUGUGUGUGCAUGUGAAUGCGUGUUUGUCUGGUGUGUGUGUGUGGAGAGAGGAGAGGGCCUUGUUUAAACCUGCCCACCCCUUCGUCACCUAUCGUAAAGGACACUUAUUAUUCAUCUUACUGAUGCAAAUCCUCAGCAAGCGACUUGAAAACUGCUGAGCGUCUUUUCCUAACUUGUUUUGGAUGGUACCUGCAGAUGUGAAAAACGUACACCUGCAAAGAGAUGAGAGAUGUUUUGUAUGAUGUCAUCUCUCCGCUCUGGUGCUUUUUCUCAAAGCUGGCAUGUAAAUCUGCAACCCUGGUAUGGAGAGCAGACAAAACUGAUCUGUUGUAAUCUUUUCCUCCUAUUUCUGAUACGGGCAUUUCCUGUAGCGCACAGCUGUUUUGUGUCUCCGGUUACAGGCAAAGACUGUACGUGUUUGAUCCAACACACACACACACUAAGAUCAGAAUUUAUUGUUAAAACUAGAAAAUCAUAAGAAAUAUACAGAGGAAUGGUGAAACUAUGACGUUAUGGAAUGUUAAUUAAUUAUUAUCUGCAUUAAGAGAAGUAUAGUACACUUCAGAAGUGUAAAGCUGGAGAAAAAACGCUAUUUUAAUUCCAUUGACCGUUCUCCCGUUUAUACAGGGAGAUAUGCCAAGUUAAGCUUCCUUUUAAUGGUUUUGUUUUUUUUAAACUUGAAGUGACACUGAAGUCAUAGCUAUAAGGCACAGGAUGGCACUUCAGGCCUGUAAGAUGGAAAUCAUCUCAUUUGUUGUUUGUAGAAUCUACAUGGUUUAAAGCAACACAGCUGAAGAAUGUUUUGGCCCUAAAAGCUUUGCAACUUUAGCACGAAGCUUAUUCAUUAUUCAAAUAUGUGGGGCCUUGAACAUGAUAGUAUUUAAAUAAAUGCGAUAAGAUGUACUAAAAAGAUCUGACACUGAUCUCAUAUCACAAUAUAGUAUGAUUACUGCAGUAUGCAACUGUAUCCAUACUAAUCCUAAUGUGGUGUGAUAUGUGUUAGUUUGACGUAAAUGACUGACCUAAAACAGUUCCAAGAUCCUAUUUAACAUCGUCUUAACCAAAGAUUGGCUCUAACACAAAGAUAUUUGCUUUUGUACUUCAUACUGUAGGUCAUUUUCGCUUUUGCGUUCUUUUCAUGUGAAGGAUGUGUCAGAAUGUAGCAAAGGUGGUGUAUACGAGUAUGCUAUGCAAAAUGCUCUCUCCUUGAACUACCAGCAAAGAAUCAGACUGGGACAAAAAUCUAAUAUUUUUUCUUCUUUUUUCCUAUAUACUGAAGAAAAUGUUUUCCUGCUGAUAACAGUUAACAGCCUUGAAUGCGAGUUAUAGCCGGUGGAGAUAGAUUUCUCAAUGACGAAAUGGCAUUUCGAUGCUUUUCAAUAUCGGGACUCGUUUGUAAAUGCUUGAGGUUGAGUGAACUUGUAUUUUUGCAAUAAAGUUAUUACCAAUGCACUCCAGCAGGGGCGCUGCACAAACGCCUGCA